GCUUGCCGCAUUCGUGAAACGAUUGUAUUGUCAUUUGUUACCCCACUCUUGCUUUUCUCUUUUAAACUACCCAUUCGGAUGGCACAUCUGAACGCCUUUUGGCUUUCGUUAAUAUUUUUUGCCUCGAUUACUUUAAAAUGCGGAAUUUGUGAAGAUAAACGAAGCUAUGCAUCCAGUCCUACGCGAGGCGCAUCACUCCCGACCUCUGAUUUCGGUAAAGUUGAAACACGCUUACGCCCAUCAGUAUCUGAUCCGCAUAGCGCUGCCUUUCCUGAUUUACUCGAUCCCUCUAAUCAGCGUUUAUCUGCUUUCCAUUCCGAUGACCACCUGACUUCAAGGGAAACUUCGAAACGACCUGUUGUUGAUAUUAGCCACAAUUUCGUGAUAUCCCCGGAAACACCUGCAGCUAGUCCCCAUGAAGGCAGCUCUUCAGGUGGUGCGUUACUACAAGACGGCCCCCAACUAACUCAUCUGUCCGCCGAUUCUAGCAUUCCACCUGUGCAUCACUUCGAUAAUCCGAAUACUCCUGAAAAAACUUUUCAUACACGGAUUGACCCAAAUAUUGCGGUUGCUAUGGCGUCAAAGGAUGGAAGCAGGAAUGUGGGACUUGAUCAGACGGGCAAGAUGGACGGCACAAAGCUGCAGUUAAAUCGAGGGACUUUAGAUUCCUCUACUAGGCGUUCAGAAGACCUUCCUCACGAGGAAAGUAGUGUCAAACUCAAUGUACAUUCAUCACAUCAUUUUGAUUCGAGUUUAUCCGAUCACGAUGACCAGAAUCGUCCGGCUGAAAGAAUGCCCCAUCAAUCUUUCAGAGAGGAGAGUUACGACGGCCACCAACAUUUGCAUCGUGAAAAUCCAUUUUCUAAAGGACCACCUCAACAUACAUUAGCUGGGAAGCCAUCGCAACGUAUCCCUCAUGAAUUUCAGCUCGACAGAGCAUUUGUGCUUCCUUCAAAGAAUUUCGGGCAACCUGAACAUCUUUCAGUGCAGAACGGUGACGACUUUGUUUCUUUGACUGCUGUAGUUCCCCCUGCCGUAAAACAGUGUCUCUUCUAUACACCGGUUUCGAACUUCGUCAUCGAUUAUCAGGUCAUUCGAGGAGGUUCCCUCGAUUUGGGGUUGUUUGUUAAGGAUCCAACAGGAGAACCCAUUGUUCUAAGGCCACCGUCUCCGGAAGCAUCAUUUUCGGUAAUCGUUCCACCGCCGUUCAAGUAUCUUCCGUAUGCCGUUUGUUUGGAUAACCGAAAAUCAAGCUAUGCAGUGAAGCAUGUAGCCCUAUCAAUUGACUUAGAUUUAAACUGGGACAAUCCUUCCGAACAGGAACGUGCUGUUUUGGAAACAAUUCAAAAGCGAUCUCUUGCUAACGCCCGCCUAGAGGCUUUGGAUGCCAAAUAUUUAGAGAGUUGGAAAGCGCUCAUCGUUCAGUUAGACAAUUUAUUUGGACGCCUUCGCCGAAUUGAACAUUUGCAACAGAAGACUGACAACUUCGCAUCAAUCGACAAGGCUUUAAUGGAGGCGAACAUUGCACGUGUGACGAACGGUUCCGUCAUCCAGAUUCUCAUUAUGCUUGGUGUUGCUGCUCUUCAAGUUACAUUAAUUCGAGCUUUAUUUGAUUUUAACAGUCGUUUCUAUCGUUUGUGGUUCGGGAAACGGUCGAAAGUUAGCACCCGGUGUUAACCGCGCAUUGGUUGGCGCGUUUCUCGCUCAAAACAUUCUUCUCCUCUCUCCAAUUUGACUUCAAAUUUUCUCCUUCCGCUGCCCCCUUCAUUACAAAAGUAUGCGCGUCGGAUUUGCCUUGUGCUUCUUUCUUGUAUCUUCAACUAUCGUGUACGUGACUUGUCAAUUAUAUUUGCUUUCUGGA